CGCCGGCCCGUGGCCCCUCGCCGGACUCGUCCUCGUCGUCCUCGUCCUCCACUUCGUCCUUGUCCGACUUGGAGCGGCCGUCGUUUUGGUGCGGCGUGGUCGAGGGCUUCUACAGUCGUCCUUGGUCCACGGGUCAACGACUGGAUCUCUUUGCCAAAAUGGGCCGUUGGGGCUUGAACACGUAUUUGUACGCCCCCAAGGACGAUCACAAGCAUCGGGCCCAAUGGCGGGUUCCUUAUUCGCCGGUAGAGCGAGCCGAACUCAAGGUCUUGAUCCAGGCCUGCCAAGCCCAUAAUGUGCGGUUCUUCUACGGCAUUUCGCCCGGCUUGGACAUGGGCUACUCGCAAAGUCGCGACUUGGAUGAUUUGGUGGCCAAGUUAAGUGCUUUGCGCGACUUGGGAUGUCGCGGCUUUGCCAUUCUCUGGGACGAUAUCGACACGACCUUGCCGCCCGAGGACGCCCACGCCUAUCGUUCACUGGCCCAAGCCCAUGUUCAGGUUACCAAUGCGGCAUUUGAGCGACUCACCCCGGCUGAGUUCUUGACGUGUCCGGUCGAGUAUUGCACCAAUCGAGCCGAUCCCAACGUGGAACGCUCCGAGUACUUAAAUACUCUGGGCCAGGGCCUCCAUCCCGAUAUCGCUGUGUUUUGGACGGGCUCCAAGGUCGUGUCGGAGACUAUCGGUCCGGCUGAAAUGCGUCAGUUGGAACACGUGCUCAAGCGCAAGCCCCUGAUUUGGGAUAAUCUACACGCCAAUGAUUACGACAAGCAGCGCAUGUUCUUGGGGCCGUUCAGUGGUCGGGACCCGCAAAUCAUACCCCACGUCCGUGGGGUUCUGAUCAAUCCCAAUUGCGAAUAUUCCCUGAACAUCCCGGCCCUGUUCACCCUCUCCGCCUGGUCACUCUGUCGCGAUCCCAUCACGGGUCACAUCCAGAAUUGGAACCCCGUGGAAGCCUCCGAGUUGGCCAUACCACAUUUCUUGGAGGAGCUCCACCGCAAGACCGCCAUUUCUAUCCACGAGACCACCCUCAAACAUCCCAAGGCCAUGGAGUUGAGCAAAUGCGACGUGGAGCUCCUGUUCCAUCUCUUCUGGUUACCCCACAGUCACGGCUCACGGGCUGAGAUGAUGCUGAAUGAGUUCAAGUACCUACGGGACACGGCCCAUGUCUUGCAAUAUUAUGACCUGGAUCCCACCGAGGGUGAGCAAGACAAAGUGACGGACAGUGCUCAACAAGAGUUUGUGGAUUCUUGGAUGGAACGAGCUUCCUCGUUUAACAACACGUGUAAACGCUUCUCCAAGAUCUGUGACAAGUUUACCUAUAUCAAUAACCGAGAGCUGUUCUUCGAUAUCAACGGUUACCUGAACAAUAUGCAAGUGGUGCUCUCGGCGUGUAAUCGUCUCUUGAAGUGGGUUGGUCUGGACAAGUGUCGCCGUCCCAUUCACGGCGGACCCACAUUAUCCGGUCUGCCCGGCGGAAUGGCCGGCGAUCUUCAGCGUUUGUAUCCCAUCCGGUCGAAUUUUGAAUACCCGGUGCGAUCCCUCAUGCCGAGUGCGGAAAAGAAUGCUUAUGCCAUCCAACCUAUCGGAUCAAAAUCCGAAUUGGAGGAACUGAGACUCGGGUUUCCACGGUUAUUCUGCGAGAGCCAAGGCAUCGAAGAGGACGACCUCACCAAAUCGAUCCGUGAAUUUGCCCUCAAGAGUCGCUUGGACGCCUUCACGAGUGGAUCCCAUCGAGCCCUGACCGUUGAUUGCGAUGACGUGCUCAUGAUGUCGCUCGUCGGUUCCAGGGAUGUCAAAGCCGUGGUCAAGGCUCUGAAGAGUGCAUUCCAAUCGAUUGCCAAAGCGAAACCUGAUCGCCAGACUCUUUCCAUUGCUUUGCCCACCGAAAAAGAGCCGGUUCCCUGGAAGAUGCUCGAGAAAUACCACGCCAUCCUGUCCUACACAUCGCUCACAGACCUGAUUUUCACCAAGACUAGUGAUAACGUGUUCAAACUGAUGUUCAUGCUUCUGGGCGAUAUCAAAAACGCAUGUGUACUGGUGGAGANAGACUCUUUCCAUUGCUUUGCCCACCGAAAAAGAGCCGGUUCCCUGGAAGAUGCUCGAGAAAUACGACGCCAUCCUGUCCUACACAUCGCUCACAGACCUGAUUUUCACCAAGACUAG